AUGGACAGGCGUGAUAUACGACUCUUUGGAACUGAAGACCCUCGUGUGAAAUCCCAGAGGCCAAUUGAAAAGACGUCAACAAGUACAUCCAGUGAGACUAGUUUUGAAUGCUUGUCUGAAUGGAUAAAGAAUUGUUCGGAGAACCACAAGUCCUGCAACAAGCUACAUGCCCGCACUGGUGAGAACAAGGACUGGCUUCCAGCUCGGCUGGUCAAGAUCAUCCCAGAUGCAGAUGGUGUGCCUGGGAUGAUCAAAGUGGUAGAAACGGGCGAAAACGAUGAGAUUGCUCCCAGCAUAGAAUAUGCUACGUUGAGCUACUGCUGGGGAAGGGAACCAUUCACGAAACUACUCAGAUCUAAUAUCGAGAAGAUGACGACCACUGGAAUGCCGAUAAAUGAGCUACCAGCAACAUUUCGUGAUGCAAUCACUGUCACAAAUCGUCUCGGCAUGGAGUACAUCUGGAUAGAUGCCCUUUGCAUCAUUCAGCUUGACGCGGAAGACUGGGGCCUACACUCCGUGACAACGGCCAAAGUCUACUCAUAUUCAGCAAUCACGCUUGCAGCAGCAGCGUCAUCAAAUGCACAGGGAGGACUCUUUCGCGAACGCAACCCCGCAGGCCUCAAUGGUGUCAAAUUGGACUUAAAAUGGCCCUCGCACGACUUUGAAGGAGAAUUCUAUCUGGUACCAAUAGAUCCCUGGGACAAAGCAGUCGGAAACUCACCACUGCUGAAACGUGCAUGGGUGUUUUUCCAAGAACGACUUCUGUCACGAGGGACCGUCUACUUUGCUCACGAUAUGCUCUACUGGGAAUGCGGUGAGCUAUAUGCUUCAGAGCUUUAUCCUCAAGGAGGCCCUUAG